AUGGCGCCCGUAAUGCUGAAGACGGUCGAUGACGACAUCCGAGACGUCAUCCAGCACCUCUUCGAAAUCCAGUCGGCCGUCCACGGCUACCUAGGCCCAGAGACACAGCAAGAGCUGGUCCGGAAGAUCAAAAACCUCACCCUCUCUCUCUCAACCCUCUCAACACACACUACCCUCCCACCCAACGCCUCCGAAACAAUCACCCCGAACACAACCGACCCCUCCAACCCCCCACUCGCCAGCAUCCAACUCCCACCGGAGAUAAUCGAGUAUGUCGACGCGGCGCGCAACCCGGACAUAUACACGCGCGAGUUUGUGGAGCUGGUGCAGCGCGGGAAUCAGGAUCUGAAGGGAAAGCGGGAGGCCUUUGCCGAUUUCCGGGAUGUCCUGGCGAGGGAGAUGCGGAGUGCUAUGCCGGAGUGUCGGGGGGAGGUGGAUCGGGUUAUGGCUAUGACAGGGGGAAAGGCUGGAGAUGGAGGUGGAGGUGGAGGUGGGCUUGAGGAUCGGAUGGAUGGGACUGCGAACUGA